CAGCGCCCUGCAGCUACACUUUGGGUAGCGUUUUGCAGUUUGGGCGAUGAUCUACCAUUGCCCAUUGCGAGCCUGAGCGAAUCGGAUGAUGAGUUUAAGCCUCGAGUGGAAUACGAGGCCUGCCAUGGCUGCCAUGUUACCGUAUUUUUGAGCAUGUCUCAGAACACUACAAUGCUGGUGCGAAUAAGAAAGUAGGGAGAUGAAGCUGUUCUCAGGUACAUCGCUUGUCGGCCUUCUCGCCACCACUGGUCUUGCCAAUGCGAAGGGAACCCAAGCACCAUUUUCUAUCUCCAAGUUCUCUGCAGGAGCUACUCCGCACUCGUCGGUCGGAUACGUCGAACUCACCUGGUCGUACUCCAGCGGCCAGAACUCGACAGCAUGCUCAGCAAAGCCGGGAACCUACCAAGUCUUCCCUUCCGUCGCGAAGACUGCGUGCAGCGACCCGUCGACAUUCUUCAACUUGACUAAGCGCUCAGACGGCGGAGCAGACCUUGAGCUUUGGUAUCGGGAGGCGUAUGCCAUCCACACCAUCUCGGCGGAUCAGAUCGUAUGGACGAACCAGCAGUCACCGACCGGAACUGUGCAAGUCUACUCAGGUCCUCAGAACUUCACCGUAAAGGCAAAUUAUCCAGAGAACUAGGUGCUAAAGGUACUGAAGGUGUUGUUCGACGCGUUGGUCAUUGU